GCUAUCGAUGUGAAUACACGCAGCUGGCGAGGGGGAAACACGGUGGUGGUGAUGGAGAGGUUCGAGAUGGAGAAGAUGUUGGGGGCAAUCGAGAAGGUUCAGGGUUAGCCACUUGUUCGUUGUGCCGCCGGUGAUGAUCGGGCUCGCGAAGCAGGGGAUGGUGAUGAGACGGAGGUUUGAUUUGGGUUCGUUGAGGUGGGUUUGUUCGGGGGCCGCGCCGCUCGGGAGGGAUGUGAUGGAGGAGGUUGCCAAUAGUUUUCCCGAAGUUGAAUUGGUCCAGGGAUAUGGAUUAACAGAGACUUGCAGUAUUGUAUCGUUGGAGCGCCCUCAAGCAUGGGCUCGGAAAUUUGGUUCCACAGGUUACUUAAUGCCAGGCAUUGAGGCUAAAAUUAUCAGCAUAGGCACAUCUAAGACUCUUCCACCUAAUCAGAAUGGGGAGAUAUUAGUUCGUGGACCAAAUAUAAUGCAAGGGUAUUUCAAAAACCUAGAAGCCACUAAAUUUACCUUAGAUGAGGAAGGCUGGUUACACACAGGUGAUCUCGGAUAUUUCGAUGAGAAGGGACAACUGUAUGUCGAGGAUCGGUUAAAAGAAUUAAUCAAGUGCAAAGGUUUUCAGGUUGCACCAGCUGAGCUUGAAUCAGUGCUUACCUCUCAUCCUGAGAUAUUAGAUGCUGCUGUUGUGCCAAUGGAAGAUGCUGAAGCUGGUGAGGUUCCUGUGGCAUUCGUUGUUACUCGUAACAGCUCACUUACUGAAGUGGAUGUGCAGAAAUUUGUUGCGAGUCAGGUUGCUCCUUUCAAGAGGUUGAGGAGGGUAAUCUUUGAGAACAGCAUCCCGAAAACAGCUUCCGGAAAAAUCCUUAGAAGAGAGUUAACGAACACGGUAAAAACGCUCAGAAGAGAGCUUUCAGAUAAAGUUAGAUCAAAACUAUAGGAAUCACACUUCCUUAUAUGCUGAAUGAGUCAAUUGCUUGAAUUUGCGUGUAAUAAUGUAUAUAUCAAUCUGUAAUCUCAUGUGGACGGCUUUGUUGUAUGCUGUAUCCUACCUCCAAGCUACUGUAAAGAAAUGUUUAAGCACCACUCAUAUCAAAAUAAAAAUGAGCAUUUAUUAUGGA